GAGGGGAGUAAGUCAAGAAGGACUGAGUGAGGACAAGAGGGAGGGAGGACUAUGAGGCGGGUCACGUUAUUUGUGAACGGCAGCGCCAGGAAUGGGAAGGUCGUGGCUGUAUACGGAGCUCUGUCAGAUUUGCUGUCGGUGGCGAGCAAUAAGCUGGGUAUAAAAGCCGCCCAUCUGUACAAUGGGAAGGGUGGCCUCAUCGAUGACAUUGCACUUAUUAGAGACGAUGACGUUUUGUAUGUGUCUGAAGGGGAUUCUUUUAUAGAUCCUCUGGCAGAUGGUGGGAAGGACGCUGAUGCUGACGAUAAAUGCUGGGGCUGCACCGACUGGAUAACACUAAAUGUCGGGGGAACGUACUUUACCACGACUCGGAGUACUUUAGUGAACAAAGAACCGGAGAGUAUGCUAGCUCACAUGUUCCGAGAGAAAGACGCUUGGGGAAACAAGAAAGAUCAGCGGGGAGGUUUCCUAAUUGAUCGCAGUCCUGAAUACUUUGCCCCCAUCCUGAACUACCUGCGUCAUGGACAGCUCAUCACCAACGACGGCCUCAAUCUGCUGGGUGUCCUCGAAGAGGCCAAGUUCUUCGGUAUAGAAUCUCUCAUUGAACAGCUGGAGUUAGCCAUCAAGAUUUCGUUGCCGGCUGAGGACCACACUCCCAUCUCUCGCAAGGAAUUUGUCCGGUUUCUCUUAGCAACGCCAACCAAAUCCGAGCUUCGGUGCCAGGGCCUCAAUUUUAGCGGGACCGACUUAUCCCGACUCGAUCUCCGCUACAUCAACUUUAAGAUGGCCAACCUCAGCCACUGCAACCUCAGCCACGCCAACCUGUGCUGUGCAAACCUGGAGCGAGCUGACCUGUCGGGAGCUAACCUUGACGGCGCCAACCUUCAAGGGGUGAAAAUGCUGUGCUCCAAUGCAGAGGGAGCUUCACUGAUCAGCUGCAACUUCGAGGAUCCUUCAGGCCUUAAGGCCAACUUGGAAGGGGCCAAUCUGAAAGGAGUGGACAUGGAGGGCAGUCAGAUGACUGGCAUCAAUCUGCGUGUGGCCACAUUAAAGAACGCCAAGCUGAAAAACUGCAAUCUCCGAGGGGCAACGCUGGCGGGCACAGACCUGGAGAACUGCGACCUGUCCGGUUGUGACCUGCAGGAAGCCAACUUGAGGGGCUCAAACGUGAAGGGAGCCAUCUUCGAGGAGAUGCUGACCGCCUUGCACAUGUCUCAGAGCGUCAGAUAAGAUCCCGCAGGCGGGAGGGAGGGCGACGUGACCCCCAUCAACGAGGAAGAGGAGACGGAAGUACCAAGACCUCCAUAACCCGUGGAGAACACGUUCAUUCAAUUCCGUUCUACACACACGCACCUUGCGCUCACCUAUUACAGACACUGCUUCAAGCUGCUCUGGUUCAUUUCACACCAUACGCUUGGGAGAUAGAAUCAGCUGCCCUCCCGUUCUGACUUUACUCCAGAUAAUUGUUAGCCGGACUCCUUGGGGACAUUUUAUAACCGUCUAUGUGUGUGUGUGUGUGUACACACGCACACAAAGUGGCGCUGGUUAAUGUAGAAUUUCAGGGAACGUCUUCCUCCCACAGAAUUCUGUCAGGGAGUUUUUGCACGAAAAGAGUUCUCGUUAUAAACCGUUGGUGGGGCGGGUUGGAGGCCGGAUCGUGUCCUGGGCCCAAAAGGUAGUUCUCAACAACCGUCGGUGUCAGAGACGGGAGAGGCGAGUGAGACAACACAGGAACGGGCGACAAAGGGGUUCAAAAGUGAAGUUAAUAGGGCAAGGUUGGGGCAAGAGCAGCUUUGGUUGACGUAGUGUGUGGGUGACCUUGACCUUUGCUAGGCCAGGGAUUGGGGGGAAUGGGGGUAAAGAGGGGGAAAUGCAAUGGUUGCGAAAAGGAGCAAACACGUUUCUCAAGCGCCAAAUGAAGCCGUGUACUUACUGAGAGGGAGCGGUUUCGGUGAGGCUCCGGUACAAUGCUUUUAGUCUCGUUCGGGGGCUGCCAACUCGCUGUGUCUGAACGCGCACACCGAGGGCCACAGCAACCAACGACACUCGUAUCGCGAGCGCCCUUCACGCCGGAAAGACGUCCCAGGGUGCUGGACAAUCAGGGGUUUGGGACUCGAGCUGUAAAGCUUAAGUUUCAGCACUUUGCCGAGCUCCAGGACAAGACUUAACCCCUCUAUCUCACCGAGGAGAUGCUCUCUUCGUUUACCUGCAGACGGAAACUAUUUGGGCCACAAACUAUAUACGGUCGAUCCGCUUUACAGUAUAUUCUGCGAAACUCUUUGAGACGUCUCGAAGGUGUGACGAGGCGCUGUAUCAAAUGCAACGAUUAUUAUUUACUCAACGCAGGACUGGUUUGAAUAAACUAUUCUCUCAGCAUCG